UCUGGCUAAGCCCCGGGAACCCCGAGCCAUCUCCCACCCUGUGGGCUGGCAGACCCGGGCCCGGACGAGCGUCCCACGCAGCCGAGGUCCCCCAGCGCCCCCUGCAGCUGCGCGCUAGGGGAGACGCAGACAGACCCCGCGCCUCUGCACCACGCCCAGGACCCCACCCAGCUGCGCCCCGGGAUCGCGCGAGCACCCGCACUCCCAGGCCGCAGAAACAGGACGUGGAUCCGGAGGGCGUGCGGCGGCAUCCCCCGCUGCCCUAGAUCACCCGCCUGCGGCUGACCGACUUCCCCUCCCCUUGGUCCCCCCCUCUUCCCGCCCCCCUCCGCCUUCGGUCGCCGGCGCCGGACACGCUGCGCUCCCGUUCUUGAGGCGCUUCUUCGCCUUGGCCAAACGUCGCAUCCCGUGCUACUCUGGGGGGCAAUGACCGUUCGGUGUUGAAUGUUCCCCCCGCCCAGAGUGCAUGGCUGCGGAAGCGAGGCGCGGCCCCGGCCCCCGAGGGGCCGCCGUCCGCGAAGCGCUGAUGCUGCUGCUGUGCCUGGGGGUCCCAAGCGGGCACCCCUACAACGUGGACACCGAGAGCGCGCUGCUGUACCAGGGUCCGAACGACACGCUGUUCGGCUACUCCGUGGUGCUGCACAGCCACGGGGCGAACCGAUGGCUGGUGGUGGGGGCGCCCACUGCCAACUGGCUGGCCAACGCUUCAGUGGUCAAACCCGGGGCGAUCUACAGAUGCCGGAUCGGAGAGAACCCAGACCGGACUUGCGAACAGCUCCAGUUAGGUAGCCCUAAUGGAGAACCUUGUGGAAGGACUUGUUUGGAAGAGAGAGACAAUCAAUGGUUGGGGGUCACCCUAUCCAGACAGCCAGGAGAAAAUGGAUCUGUUGUGACUUGUGGACAUAGAUGGAAAAACAUAUUUUAUAUAAAGAAUGAAAAUAAACUUCCCAGUGGUGUUUGUUAUGGAAUGCCUUCCAACCUACGAACAGAAUUGAGUAAAAGAAUGUCUCCAUGUUACCAAGAUUAUGUAAGAAAAUUUGGAGAAAUUUUUUCAUCAUGUCAAGCUGGAAUAUCUAGUUUUUACACAGAGGAUUUAAUUGUGAUGGGAGCCCCUGGAUCAUUUUACUGGACGGGUUCUCUUUUUGUCUACAAUAUAACUACAAAUAAAUACAAGGCUUUCGUAGACAGACAGAAUGAAGUAAAAUUUGGAAGUUAUUUAGGGUAUUCAGUUGGAGCCGGUCAUUUCUGGAGUCAGCAGUCUACUGAAGUAGUUGGAGGAGCCCCUCAACAUGAACAGAUUGGUAAAGCAUAUAUAUUCAGCAUUGAAGCAAAAGAGCUAAAUAUCUUAUAUGAAAUGAAAGGUAAAAAGCUUGGUUCAUACUUUGGAGCUUCUGUCUGUGCUGUGGACCUCAAUGCAGAUGGCUUCUCAGACUUGCUCGUGGGAGCACCUAUGCAGAGCACCAUCCGGGAGGAAGGAAGAGUGUUCGUGUACAUCAACACUGGCACGGGAGCAGUAAUGAAUGAAAUGGAAACAGUGCUCAUUGGAAGUGACAGAUACGCUGCAAGAUUUGGAGAAUCUAUAGUUAAUCUUGGAGACAUUGACAAUGAUGGCUUUCCAGAUGUUGCUGUUGGAGCACCACAAGAAGAUGACUUGCGAGGUGCAAUUUACAUUUACAAUGGCCGAGAAGAUGGGAUCUCCUCCACCUUCUCACAGAGAAUUGAAGGACUUCAAAUCAGUAAAUCACUAAGGAUGUUUGGACAGUCUAUAUCAGGGCAAAUUGAUGCAGAUAAUAAUGGAUACAUAGAUGUAGCAGUUGGUGCUUUUCGGUCUGAUUCGGCUGUGUUGCUAAGGACAAGGCCUGUGGUGAUUGUUGAAGCAUCUUUAAGCCACCCAGAGUCAGUGAAUAGAACAACAUUUGAUUGUAUUGAAAAUGGACUGCCCUCUGUGUGCAUGGGCUUAACACUCUGUUUCUCCUAUAAGGGCAAAGAAGUCCCAGGUUAUAUACUUUUGUUUUAUAACAUGAGUUUGGAUGUGAACAGAAAGGCAGAAUCGCCAUCAAGGUUUUACUUUUCUACCAAUGGCACAUCUGAUGUGAUGAAUGGAAUCAUUCAGGUAUCCAACAGAGGAGCUACCUGUAGGACACAUCAAGCCUUUAUGCGGAAAGAUGUACGGGACAUCCUCACCCCAAUUCAGAUAGAAGCUGCUUACCAUCUUGGGCAUCAUAUCAUUAGCAAGCGAAGUGCAGAAGAAUUCCCUCCACUUCAGCCAAUUCUGCAGCAGAAGAAAGAAAAAGACAUAAUUAAGAAAACGAUCAACUUUGCAAGGUUUUGUGCCCAUGAAAACUGUUCAGCUAAUUUACAGGUGUCUGCAAAAAUUGGAUUUAUGAAGCCAUAUGAAAAUAAAACCUACCUUGCUCUUGGGAGCAUGAAGACACUGAUGUUGAACGUGUCUCUGUUUAAUGGCGGAGACGAUGCCUAUGAGACUUCUCUUCGAGUCAAACUACCUGCAGGGCUUUACUUCAUUAAGAUUUUAGACCUGGAAGAAAAACAAAUAAACUGUGAAGUAACAGACAACUCUGGAACAGUAAAACUUGACUGUCGUGUUGGUUAUAUAUAUGUAGAUCAUCUCUCAAGGACAGAUAUUAGCUUUCUCCUGGACGUGAGCUCCCUCCACAAGGCAGAAGAGGACCUCAACAUCACAGUGCAUACUUCCUGUGAAAAUGAAGAAUUGGAUGACCUAAAGGAUAAUACAGUGACUUUAGCAAUACCUUUAAGAUAUGAAGUUAUGCUAAGUGUUCAUGGCUUUGUGAAUCCAACUUCAUUUGUGUACGGAUCAAAUGAAGACAAUGAGCCAGAAACAUGUAUGGCAGAGAAAAUGAACUUCACUUUCCAUGUUAUCAACACCGGCAUUAGCAUGGCUCCAAAUGUUAGUGUGGAAAUAAUGGUACCAAAUUCUUUUGUCCCUCAGAUGGAUAAAUUGUUCAACAUUCUAGAUGUCCAGACAACUGCUGGACAAUGCUACUUUAACAAUUACCAAAGAGAGUGCACAUCAAAGCAGGAAAAAGGAACAAUAGAGGCUCUGAGAAACAUUUUCAAAUUUUUGUCAAAGACUGAUAAGAGGCUAUUGUAUUGCAUGAAUACUGAUCUGUACUGUUUGAAUUUCUUGUGCAAUUUGGGGAGAAUGGAAAGUGGGAAAGAAACUAGUGUUCACAUACAGUUGGAAGGUCGGUCCUCCAUUUUGGAAAUGGAUGAUACUUCAGCACUCAAGUUUGAAAUAAGAGCAACAGCUUUUCCAGAGCCACAUCCAAAAGUCAUUGAACUAAACAAGGAUGAGAACAUUGCAUAUGUGGUACUGGAAGGACUGCAUCAUCAGAGGCCCAACCGUUAUUUCACUAUUGCAAUCAUUUCAAGCAGUUUGCUUCUGGGACUCCUGGUACUUUUAUUAAUUUCAUAUGUUAUGUGGAAGGCUGGCUUCUUUAAAAGACAAUACAAAUCUAUCUUACAAGAAGAACAUAGACGAGACAGCUGGAGUUAUGUCAACAGUAAAAACAAUGAGGAUGAUUAAAGACUUCUUUCAAAUUGAGAGAACUGAAAAUAGACUCAGGAGACAUCCAUCGAUACUUUUCUGCUAGAGCCAGAGUUCUUCCACCAAAGCCAAACAUGGCUGAGAAGCCAAAGCGAAGAAGUUUGCCAGAGGUGCUAAACGUGCAGACAUCGACUGGCUGCAGGUGUCCUUGAACAAACCAGAGUGACAGCAGUCCAUCAGUAAGUGCUGUAAGGCAUCUUGUCAAAACAACAAACAUGGGAGACCAUACCUUGUAGAAGAAUAUCUGGAAAUACUGUGCACCUUAAUGAAUAUCCUUGAUUUAUCUCUGUUAACCUAGACCUACUGCAAAUGUUCUUUAUAACUUUCUCAGGAGCUAAAUGAAGGAUCACAAAGCAGUAAAAUUUGGAACUUAUUACUUUUUCAUGUAAAACAUGAUUGAGGACAUGAAGCUGUUGGGCAAAUUAAACUUUGACAAAACAGUAAUUUUCACUGAAUUUAUCUUAAAUUAAAUGCUGUCAAUUAGGAUGCAAUGCUAUCAAUUUUGUCUGCAAAUGUAUACCAUGUAAAUUACUUUUCCUUCCAUUUUCUUCUCUUAAUAGCAUAAUCCUAGUCAUGGUACAACAAUUGUAUACAUUACAUACACAGAUAGUAUGCUGGGUGUUCGUUGAUCUGAUUAAAAAAUUGUGAUUUUUGAACAACAUUAUAAUAUUUCUUUGUGUAGAUUAUAGCAAGAUUUUAUUUAUGGUUCUUUACAAAGUAUCUAUUUUGAAAAGAGAGGUGAUAAAAUAAUGCAAACCUUGCCUAAUUAAUUAUGAGGUUGUAGUCAAAUGUUUCUCUACUUUGAAAGACAACAAAUUUGCCAUUCCUUAAAAGACAGAAGUCACAGUGUUUUCUAUGUAAAUAAAAAUCUUUUUCACGA